GUUUGAAAGAGAGACAGAGAGGUUUAGUGGCCGGUUCUUCUCAGAGGGAGUGAGUGAGUGAGUGAGCGAGCGGAGGCUCCGACGCAGGAGGAAAGAAAAAAGAAAAAACGGCACGAAGUUUGUGUGUGUGCGUGGAUUUUACUGGUGCCGAGGAGCCGCUGGGCACGCGCUCUGUGUGGAUUAGAUGAGAGAGGCUUGACGAUGAGGAGCGACCCUGUUCUGUUCACUUCCAGCAGGGCGAUGGAGGAGCUGGUGUUUGAGCUUCGUCUGUUCCUGGACCUGCUGGACAGGGAGUACCUGAGCGCCGGGGUCCGAGAGAAGAAGAUCUACCUGUCCAACAUCCUUCACAGAGUUCUCUCUGACAAAGAACCUUCGUUCAAGUCGGAGAUCCACAGCGGACUACCAGCUCCACCCCAGAUGCCCCUCCCAGAAAUCCCUCACCCAUGGCUGCCUCCGAACAAUGGCCCUCCUCCACUACCCAGCUCCUCUCUGCCAGAAGGCUACUAUGAGGAGGCAGUUCCUUUAAGUCCCGGUAAAGCUCCUGAAUACAUCACCUCCAACUAUGACUCUGACGCCAUGAGCAGCUCCUAUGAGUCGUACGACGAGGAAGAGGAGGACGGAAAGGGCCAGAAGAUGCGUCACCAGUGGCCGUCUGAGGAGGCGUCCAUGGAUCUGGUGAAGGACGCCCGCAUCUGUGCAUUCCUGCUGCGCAAGAAACGCUUCGGCCAGUGGACCAAACUCCUCUGCGUCAUCAAAGAUAACAAACUGCUGUGUUACAAAUCCUCCAAAGACCACACCCCGCAGAUGGAGCUGACGCUGUCCGGCUGCAGCAUCACGCACAUCCCCAAAGACGGCAAGAAGAAGAAGCACGAGCUGAAGAUCGUCCACCAGGGGGCGGAUGCCCUGGUGCUGGCCGUGCAGAGCAAAGAACAGGCCGAAGAAUGGCUCAAGGUGAUGCGGGAAGUGUGCGUUAACGGGUUCGUGGACUUGGACGGAGGUCGAUCUGGAUCUCCUGUGCACAAACCAGAACUGGAAAAGAAGUCGUCAUGUGACAGGCCGAGCUCAGACGGAGAGGCGCCCCACGAGAACGGACACAGCGACCCGAAGGACCAAGGAAAAGGGAAAAAGAACUCCAAGUCGGAGAACAAGACGGGGACGGUGGGCAAAGGCGCGGGGAAGAAGAUCACCAAGAUCAUCGGGCUGGGGAAGAAGAAGCCGUCCACGGAUGAGCAGACGUCGUCGGCGGAGGAAGACGUCCCCACAUGUGGCUACCUGAACGUGUUGUCCAACAACCGCUGGCGCGAGCGUUGGUGCCGCCUGAAAGACAACCAGCUGCUGCUCCACAAGGACCGGGACGACCUGAAGAGCCACAUCGCCUCGCUGCCGCUGCGAGGCUGUGAAGUCAGCCCCGGCCUGGACCACAAACAUCCCUUUGCCUUCCGCCUGCUUCGCAACAGCCAAGAAGUGGCAGUGCUGGAGGCCUCCUCUUCUGAGGAGAUGGGUCGAUGGUUGGGGGUUCUGCUGGCGGAGACCGGCUCCACCACUGACCCCGCCACGCUGCAUUAUGACUACAUCGAUGUCGAGACCACUGCCAACGUCAUCCAGCUGGCCAAGCAGUCCUUCUGCUUCACCAGUAAACGUGCCGUCUCUCCUAACCCGUACCUGGACAACCCGGUCAACGGCUACGCCUGUCCCACUGGAACAGCUCUGCACUACGAUGACGUGCCCAUUAAUGGAAUGGACCCCGAGGUGCAGUACUCCAGUCCCAGCACCGGGGGGCGCCAACUGAAAGAAGAGAGCACUGAGCUCUAUGAGAACAUGCCCUCCCCCAAGUUGACCUCCCGCUAUCCUCCCAAGCCUCCCUCUUCCUCUGCUUCCUCUUCCUCCACUCACUACAAAACCCCUGUUCCUAAAAUCUCCUCAAAGUUCAUCUCUGCUGAUUCUAAAACUAAAGCUCAGCUGAAGGGAAAGAAGGGCACAGCGACCAAUGGGAUGGCAUCGAAACAGAAGGUGGAGCCAAAGAACCAGUCUAAGAAGAAUGGAGUCAAUGGGAUGAAUGGCACGGCCUCUUUGAAACGCAACAACUCCGAUGCCGAGCAGUGCAAGUAUGGGAAGAAUCGCGUGGAGGCCGACGCCAAGAGGCUGCAGGCCAAGGAGGAAGAGCUGAUGAAGAGGAAACAAGACAUCAGGAACCAUCUGACACAGCUGAAGAAGGAGAGGAGAGACCUGCGCACUGCUGUGGAGGCUGCUGCUGGCAAGCGUUCACACGGCUCCCUGUCGGAGCGGCUGAAGAAGGUGGAGGACGACUGCCGGAAGAAAGAGGAGGAGAGGGUGACCCUGGAGCUGGAGGUGACGGAGGUGAAGGAGAGUCUGAAGAAGGCCUUGAGCGGAGGCGUCACCCUGGGCCUCACCAUCGAACCCAAAGCUGGCUCCUCUGGCCUGCAGUCGCCGGCAAUGCUGCGGCGGACACAGGAGUCUUCUCCGUUCUCCAGCUGCGACACCAGCGACACAGAGUCCUGCUCCCUGCCGGUCAACAGCGCCUCGCUGCUCCGCCGCCAGCAGGCCGGUCAGAAGCCCGCGACAGUGCGGGGACACGUCCUCAGAAAGGCCAAGGAAUGGGAGCAGAAGAGCGGCACAUAAACCUCUCACCUCCUCACCUCACGUCUUCCUUUCCUGUUCUUUCUUUUGUUUUUGUUUGUUUUGUUGUUGUUUUUUUUUUUUUAAAUCUUUUUAAGAAACUGUCUAUAUAUUUAUUUAAAAGUGUUCAUUCGGUCUCAGAGAGUUGGGGGACGACACAUACUGUAAGUACCACAGUGUACACAUAGCCACCAGUUUAAACUCUUAUACUAUUGAGCAUGCUCAGUGUACUAAGUUGUGCAACUCGUUUUUGUUUUGUUCUUAAAAGCAAACACCAAUUUUUUUUAUUAUUUUUUUUUCCUCACUCAAAAUCUAUUCUGGCAGUUUAGGUUUCAAAAUGGUCAAAAAGUCAAAACCAAGUAUUUAUUUGUAAAUGUUUGAAAGGAAACACUAGCGUUCCUUUGUUUAUUUAUGUUGAUAUAUUUAAAGUUUUUUUGUUUUUUUUUUCCUUUUGUUGAAUUUGUGACGCUCCACAAAAUCGUUUUGUUUCGUUUUUUUUGCCUUUUUUUCUCUACAGAGCUCCCCCUACAGUUUUGGAGUACACCACCGUAAACAUCCAUGCAUUGUCUACUACGUUAUCCUCACUGUUGUAAAAAAGUCACUGCUGACGCCUCCUCCCUUCCUUCCCUUCUCCCGGUCAUGUGCGUUUGUUGUAAACAGAACAGACCUUCAUUUUGCAUGCUUCUGUGUUUUAUUGAUUCUCGCCAUUUGAAAAAAAAGCCGGUCUGCUAUUUACUCGUGUGUGACCCCUCGCUCCGUCAGUCAUCUCCUCUUCCUCGCCUCCUCCGACAACGGUUUUCUCCACUUCUUUUUUUGCUGGCUCUGUUGUGAUGAACGUCUAAAAUAACGCUAUCACAGCCUCGAUCUUACAGCCAGUACCCGGCUAGGGUGUCCAACUAAAAACCGGACCUUUAAAAUACUUUUUGGCUGCGAUUGGGAGUCAAGCUACUAAUGCAGGGCUCCCACACCUUGGUUGACUUCAAAUUCAUGGACUUUCCAGGACCCAUUCUCUCAGAAUUCAUGGACUGAAUGUGCUGACACAGCGUAAGACGGGAGGGCAACUUGAAAGAGUCACUUCGCCCCCUUGGCGUCCACUGGACAAGUGAUUGUCCUUGGGAUCUUGGUCAAAGUCGGUCUUUGUGAUAUUCUUUGGUAAGACAGAGAUCUUGGAUAUUUGCAUUUCCCAGGCAACGCGUCGCCAUUUGCUCUCUCUUGCUGAACGUUGGACGCGCACGUCUCCACGUUUGUCCUGCGUAGGCCUAGUCUACGUGCAUCAAACACCGCGGGGCAUGAAACAGUAGGUGGCGUCGUAACAAACGAGGGAGACAUUUACCUAAAUGUCAACUCAACUUGCACAAAAUUCAAGCACUUUCAAUGAGCCAUGUCUAUUCAGGGUGAUUUUCAAGAGCGUUCAAGGGCUUUGAAAAAGUGGGAACCUUGUGCAUGUAUACCUUCAUUCAGACUGAAGCUGGCCUGGGCGGUCUGCCUGGAAAUAAUAGAAGAAGCUCAUCCACAGAACAACAAGACAACGGCAACAACAACAACAACAACAUGCUGAAGUUCAGAGCUAACAUCUAGCCUCAUGCUAAAGCAGAAACUGCAAAUACUGACACACGCCAGACUUGUAAAGCUACCAGAGUAAACUGUGCUUCUUGAAUCGCCGCUUAUACCGACAAUGGAUUGGACUCUUAACAGCGUGCGUGCUCCAGAAAACUCAGAAACCUCGACCGACGCGGCUGCCGUUGGUUCCUCAUCCAAGAGCCUCAGUCCAGCUCCUGUAGUCACACACUCUACUGUAGCUGUGUGUGUGUGUGUGUGUGUGUGUGUGUGUGCGCGUGUGUGUGUGCAAGUGUGCGUGAAUGUCUCUGAGGCACAUUCCAGACUCAACAACUAUACACUGACUAAAAAUAAGGUCACUUGCUGUAAACCCCUGAUUGCUGUGUCAUGCUACAUUCUCACAAACUGCGAUUUUUCGUGCCACACCAAGUGCGUAAAUCUCUUUUGUGCAUUUUUGUGCUUUCGCAUUCCGAACGUCAGCAUGGAGGGAAGUAGCGGUAAUUUCAUUGUUAAGCUCCGCUGAUAUCGCUAGUUGGUAUCGCUCCAGGGAAAUCCUGGCCUGGCCUCGCAACGAGCUAGCAAGUAGUCAAAUUUUUUGUCUGGCCUAACUAGCUAAUAAUUGCCAAGUUGUGUCCGGCUCCGGAUUGGUUUUGCGGAUCCACACGUCUCCGGAGAAUCUCAACGUCGUUUGGUUCUUUGCUAGUUGUAAACUCGAGCGUCGGAGCAGUUUUC